CGACACGACAAAGAGUGCGUUUUGCAGAAGUUACUACUUCCAGAUGCUCCUCACCUGGCAACUAGAGCUGAUCCAGAAAAAGUCGAAAGAUUUGUAGGAUCAGUUGUUAAGAAAAAUGGUAAACAAUACUAUGAAUUCGGUCCACAGAACUCUAGACAUCAUCAUGUCAUAUCGGGACCAACGUUCGACGCAAAAAGUGUUACAUUAUUAGUAAAGAAUCGGAUCAGUGAAAAGCACUGGGUAAAUGAAUCAGUGAUUGAGUCUAAAAUGCGAUGGGCAGAGGUACAAGAAAUAGUCUCGGAUUGUUUAAAAAAGCAAGACAAUCGUAUAUAUAAUUAUAUGAGUUAUUUGCUAGAAAAUCGUAAGCGGUAAAACAUUUUUACACGUUAUAUAUAAUGUGUUUUAAGUGCAUGUGCCUGAAUAAAUGUUUAAUACCCCUUUAGCUUAUCCUAUUAUUAUCCCUUUAUCCUAUUAUUGUUUACGUAUGCAGCCUCAGCUAAUAUGUAAUUAAAGCGAAAUGACUUGUACUUUAAGAAUAAAAUGGUGUAUAACGCGCAUUAGAAUGUACCUAACAUCUUUUAGAAAUUAGUUGGUAGAUAAUGUUCACCCUACGGCAAUAUAAAAGAACAAAUAAUCAAUUCUAUUCCAGCAACACUGUUAUUGGCUUUUUGUUGUGAAACGGUCCAAAUCAUACUAUCAGUCGUCAUGACUUCUUCCCCUUUACAAAAGUAAACAAUUGAGGAGUAUUUCAAGAAACUUUUAUAGAAAAUUCGGUGGAAAGGUUGGCAACAAGAUAAGCUAAGAAAAUGGAAAGCGUUGUUAUGAGUUCGGUCCAGACAAUUUCAAGCCAGGAUGUAUCAUAGAAGAAUU